AUGUCUGAAAUCAGUGUUUCCGAGUAUAUAAGCGAGCAAAAUGCGCUUGAAAAUGAGGCUCGCGAACUAAUGCCUUGGGAUCCAAAGCAUUGCACAUAUACGGACGGGAGCUUGAGGCAACCUAUAUACGCGUGUUUGACGUGUGGAAAUGUUGGCGUGUGUUACUCAUGCUCAAUUCAGUGCCACUCACAAUGCGAGUUAGUGGAGCUAUUUUCCAAAAGGGGCUUCACUUGCGAUUGUGGUACUGAAAGACAGAAGAAAAAAUCCGGAGAGUUUUGGUGCCAACUAAGGCGAAACACAGUCCAGGACGUAUGCUGUCUGACUAACAGAUAUGGACACAAUUUCAAAGGCCUGUUCUGCGACUGUAAUACGCAAUUCGAUCCUGACUCUGAUUCGGCAAUGCUGCAAUGUUGCCUGGGGCUUGAGUGCAAUGAAGACUGGUACCAUGACUGCUGUAUUGUAGGAAGUCCAGCGACCAGCGUGCCGACUGAAAUCAACGAUUGUGAUAAGAAGCUGAAAGAUUUUCCAGAUCUAGAGUCCUUUGAUGUAUAUAUAUGUUGGAAGUGCAUCUCACGCCACCACGCUAUCUUUGAGCAUCUCUUGUCUCAUGAAUUGUCAGAGCAAUUGAUUGUGAAGAAACUUAUCCACCAUGAACUUUUGGAUGAAAUAAAGACGGAUAAUCUGAUAAGCAGAUCGACAGGCUCUAAAAAGAGGAAAGGUACCGAUACGUAUAUGCCUUUUUCACUUUUUCUGAGCCAUGACUAUUCUUCGAUUUUGGCCAAAAUAAAGAACUCUUUGGAACCUACAGACCGACUUUACGUGUUUCUCUCGACCAUAGCACCCUUUCUAAUUGAUGAUGAUCCAAUUUAUCAACCACCUGAUGACUCAGAUGCAGCAUCCACGUAUGAAUUGGGAACCCAAGCCCUAUGCAAUUCUGUUGAUCGUGAGAUUGCUAUAAAUGGUAUUCUGGCUAUGGACAAUAUCAAGGCAAAGCUAUCAGCAUUUUUGAAGCCUUUUGCUGAAGCAAAUGAGGUCGUCAAGGAAGAAGACAUUAGAACUUUCUUUCAAAUGCAGCAAGAGGAACAUAAGCGCGAUAACAUAAAAUAA